GGCUGCGAGCGGACUAGGGUGGGGAACCGGAGCCGGCGGUGCAAAAGAAGGGGUGCAUCGGGGCUGGUGCUCCUAAGGGAAGGGGCGGGGGGCGGGCAAGGCACACAAGCCCGCAUUCAGCCCACUUCCCACCCCAUCAAUCCUAGAGGAAGAAGUCGGUUGGAGAGAAGACGCUCCCAGUAUUUCUGUAGGUGAGAAGCUCUGAAAUCCCGUCAUCUCUCCCUUGUAAGUACCACUCUGAACUUGCCCAAACGUGGACUCAGGCCCCCUCGGUCAUGUCCGCAGAGAGAAACCCGUGCUGGGUUGGGAAGGCGAGCGGUUGAGCAGAGCCGAGGCCGAAAUGGCGGCCGAGCGAUGGGAAGUGUCCUCGGUGGGCCUCCAUCCGUACGAAACCAGGGUGGAAAAAGGCAUCAAAAUGGAAGAGUUUGAAAGAAAUAGCCUUGCGCUGGCCGGCCCAACCCGAUUCAGGAAGAGCCCUUACGUCAUCCAAGCUUUCACCGUCGGGGAGCAUUUUACCCGGAUGACAGCCAAGCCAACGGAGCGGGACCUCGAGGAAGGGAUGCUGUCGCCAUGUUGGGAAGCCCAAUGGCGGGACAUCCUGAAGAACACACAGUCCCCGUAUUCGGGGUGGGGCCACCCCCAGAUCCCAGGGGUUCUGGCUCCUGCUGAAACCAGGGCUGGUGAAGAGCUCCUACAGGAAGAGGCAGGGGGGCUUCUACCACCAGAGAGGCCCCUCAAGACCAGCCUGGAUGCAGACCCCGCAGGACAGGGGGAUGAUGGAGAGGUGAAGGGAGAGGGCCAAGCCCAGGAGACCUGCAGCGCGGAACUGCAUCGGCAGCACUUCCGCUGGUUUUGCUACCAAGAGGCGGAAGGGCCUUGGGACGUCUGUGCCCGGUUGCGGGAGCUGUGUCUCAACUGGCUGCAGCCGGAGUUGAAUUCGAAAGAACGGAUGGUGGAGCUGGUGGUUCUGGAGCAGUUCUUGGCUAUCUUGCCUGAGGACAUCCAGGGCUGGGUAGGAGAAAGCGGGCCGGAGACCUGUGCCCAGGCGGUGGCCUUGGUGGAGGACUUUCUGCUGAGGCAGCAAGAGACUGAGAGGUGGAAACAGGAAGUGCUGGGAGAGUUUGAAGACGUAGCCAUGAGUUUUUCGAGAGACGAUGACGCUGGCGGGAAACAGCCUUGCCGGGAAAUCAAGCAAGAGCAGGCCAAUUGGUUGGAUAAGUGGGAGAGUGAGGACGAAGAGGCCGUGUUUGAAGCCUUAUUGGAAAAAGCUGAAACUCAAGUCCUGGAAGAAAACUUUGGAGAACAAGAGGCACCAAGGUGGGAGCAGAGAUUCCCCAUAGACAAGAGAAGAAAUAACGCCAUUCUCGGCGAGAGCGGGAUCUCGCGGGAACAUGUCUUGGAGGACAAAGCGCAACCAGGAAAGCGGAAACACGUGUGCGCGAUUUGCGGGAAGGGCUUCACUCAAAAAUCCAACCUCAACCGGCAUCAGAGAACCCACGUGGGAGGAAAGACAUUUCAGUGCUUAAAAUGCGGGAAAAGCUUCAAGUGGGAAACUAGCUUUAUGCGACACCAGCGAUUCCAUACCGGCGAGAAGCCUUAUCCCUGCAUCGACUGCGGGAAAUGCUUUAGUCGGAGUGCAAAUCUCAUCAUUCAUCAGAGGAUUCACACCGGAGAGAAACCCCACCAGUGCGUAGACUGCGGGCAGAGUUUUAGCCAGGUUUCCAAUCUCGUACGGCACCACCGAGUCCACACCGGGGAGAAACCUUACAAAUGCCUGGAGUGCGAGAAGAGCUUCACUCAGAAAUCAAACCUCGUCAAGCAUCAGAGCGUCCACUUGGGAGACAAGCCGCCGCGACGCCCGGCUAACGGGAAGAGACUCGGUCAGAGGUCCAAUCACAAGAGAUUGGACAGGGAUUCCCUUGGAGAAAACUCCUGUCAGUGCUUCAAGUGCGGGAAAAUCUUUUCCCGAAGAGGCAACCUCCUCAGGCAUCAGAGCAUCCACACAAAGGACAAGCCGCACAAAUGUCUCGAGUGCGGGAAGCGGUUCAACCAGAGGACCAACCUGAAUGCGCAUCAGAGGAUCCACACCGGGGAGAAACCAUACCGCUGUCCGGACUGUGGGAAAAGUUUCCGCUGGAGGGCGCAUCUGAUCAUCCACAAGCGCUUGCACACCGGCGAGAAGCCGCACAAAUGUGCCGACUGUGGGCAGAGCUUCAGCCAGCGGUCCAAUCUGGUGAGGCAUCUCCGAAUCCACACGGGGGAGAAGCCGUACAAAUGCUCCGAGUGCGAGAAGAGCUUUGGCCAGAAAUCCAACCUCCUGAAGCAUCAGAAGAUUCACACGGGGGACAAUGCAUUCCAUCAGCUGACCAGUAAUGUCAGACAGGACCAAACGAGGGAGGAACCCUAUCAGUGUUUCAGGUGUGGGAAAAUAUUCACCCGCAGGGGCAACCUUCUGAGGCACCAGAGCAUCCACACCCGAGAAAAACCUCACAAGUGCUCCGAGUGUGGGAAGAGAUUCAAUCAGAGGGCAAACCUCAUCAGCCAUCAGAGAAUCCACACCGGGGAAAAGCCCUUCGCCUGUCUUGACUGUGGGAAAUGUUUUCGGCAGAGCCCGCACCUUAUUAAACAUCAGAAAGUCCACACAGAGGAGAAGGCUUCCUACCACCCUAGCUCGGAUCAUGGGGCGAGCAUCAGCCUCGAGCCAGGCCACAGGAGCCACGAGAGGAUCUAUCUGAGGGGGAAUCCGUAUCAGUGCAUGAAGUGUGGGAAGUUGUUUAACUGGCAGUCGAAUUUCAUCCGGCAUCAAAAAAUCCACGCCGGUGAAGAACCUUGUCAGUGCUUGGAUUGCGGGAAGACCUUCAAUCGGAGGAAGAACUUUGUGGCUCAUCAGAGAAUCCACACAAAAGAGAAGCCUUAUCAGUGCACCGAGUGUGGGCAAACCUUCACCUGGGAAGCGCACCUGGUGAUCCAUCGAAGGAUCCACACGGGAGAAAAACCUCACACCUGCGUCGAGUGCGGGCAGAGUUUCAGCCAGAGGUCCAACCUUAUCCGGCAUCAGAGGAUCCACACGGGAGAGAAACCCUACGCUUGCUCGGAGUGCGGCCAGAGUUUUACGCAAAGGACGCACCUUGUGGUGCACCAGAGAACCCACACGGGGGAGAAACCCCAUAAGUGCGUGGAGUGCGGGCAAAGCUUCAGCCAGAGGGCGCACCUGAUUGUCCAUCGGAGAAUCCACACGGGAGAGAAGCCGUAUCGGUGCGCGGACUGUGGACAAGGAUUCUGCCAAAGGUCCAAUCUUACCAGACAUCAGAGGUCCCAUGACUGCGAAAAACAAAAAUAGGAGACGGGAAGGACUAUCCCGCUGGAGGGUUGUGUCUUGAAUCUCAGUCAUCCAAGCAUGGGGAAUGGGGGUGAGAGGGGAGGGAGAAUUGUAAUGUUCAGUUGGUAUGGACAUUUGGGGGGACAAACCACAUUGGUCUUUAUGGAAGGAUCCACCAAGGACGCAGAGCCUGAACUAUAAAAUAUACAGAGUUGCGAAACAGUUUGAGGGCAUUAAACCGGGACCCCCAUCUUCAAAAUAGCUACUGGUGUCUUGACUUUACAGCAGUGUUUCUCAAACGUAAGAUGAUUAUUUAAGGCCGCAUUUCUUAACCUUAGCAACUUUUAAGGUAUAUGGACUUCAGCUCCCAGAAUUCCCCAGCCAACAUGGCUGGCUGGGGAAUUCUUGGGAGUUAAAAGUUUCGUGUCCCACUCCUCCUCUGACGGCCGGGUCGGGGAAGUCUGUAUCAAGCGUGGCCACAAAGCCUCUGCAGCUUUGCCAAAGUUCUGUCAGAGUUCUCAGGGCAGGCAGGAGUCCAAGAUGUGACUUCAGCAAUCCAAAUUAGACUUUGCCUGACUCAAAGAAUGCCAGAAAGCAGAUCCUUUAUAUAGGCCAUGGGGUGUGGCUCCAUGACUCAGCACUUAUCCAGGCCUGCCCCUCCCUUCCUUUUGCUGACGUCACCUCUCCAUUCUCCAGAAGCGUGGAUCCGUCCACCCUCCAGCUGCCGGCAAUUCCAGCUCGUGACUGGCUUCACACUCCCCAGGCUCACAUGCUGUGGGGGAGGGGUUUAUUUGCUCGGUCUGUCCGGGCAUGGUGCCAGGACUGGGGGCUGGAGGCAUGCCAGGCCAUUCAUCUGCACUAUCAGUCCCUGGCUGAGAUAACAGGAGAUGAGAGGGGCCCGGCUGCGGAGAGGGGUGCGGGCGAGGAACAACAAAAGUCCACAUGUCUUAAAAAGUCGGCAAGUGUGAGAUAACGCUGUUUUACAGAAGGACGUCACCAGUAACAGUGCACUGAAAUACCAAAUAUAUAACAGGCUCUUCCCUGUUGCCUUUGCUUUGCUUGGUCCUUCAACAGUUGCCUCUGUCCAUCGUCGUCCCUCUUUUCUAACCGAAUGGAAGAAAUUGUGUGAAGGAGAUUGUACAUCAGCACCACGGUGUUCUGGAAAAAGGACCCGCUGGCCACCAAAUUGAGGGCAGAAACUGAUGAAAGAAAGAUUUGGCUUGUAAAUGAACUAGAUAAGGACGGGGAGUGCAGGGAAGAACCGCCUUCCUCCCAAUUCUCUCAUGUGUUCUUGGUCACAUGACUAGCAGGGAGGAGGGGCUUAGAACGGCGGAUUUCGCAGGAUUCUGGGCCUCCAUUCUAAGCCCCUCCUCCCUGCUAGUCCCGUGACCCAUAGCACAGGGCAUAAAACUGUUUCUCAACUACUGGGCAACUUUUAAGAUAUCUGGACUGCAACUCCCAGAAUUCCCCAGCCAGCAUGGUUGGGCAGGGGAAUUCUGGGAGUUGAAGUCCACGCCUCUUCAAGUUGAAAAACACUGAUCUGCGGAGUCCAAGGAUGCUAUACACCAAGCAACUUACAGAUGGCCCAAAGAAGAUCCUUGGAGAUUGUUUGCCCUGUGCAUCGUUGUGAUUUUGUGUUUUUGAUCACAAGCUUAGAAAAAUCCCAGGGAAGUGUGCAGCUGACACGCAAAAUCAAUCCUUUCUGAGGACUCUUAAUAGACGAAACUCCCUUUCCUCCCAGCCUCUUCUCGCCAUUUAAAUUGUUCUCCUCCUGUGCUCCAUGGAGAUAGUCCUCAAUCUUUUUGAAUCUGCUACAGCAGGGGUCCCAAAUCCCUGGGCCGUGGCCCUGUAUCCCUGCGGAAGCAUCCCCUUCGCCGCCCACCCAUCCUGCACCAGGCCAAGCCAGGACCGCUGCAGCAUAGUAUUCAAUAUACCAGUACUUCUCUGGCACACCAGAAAAUGUUGAAUGUUAUACAGAUAGACCUCAAUUUAUGACCACAAUUAACCCCAAAAUAUCUGUCGCUAAGCAAGAAGUUUGUUAAGUGAUUUUUCCCCCCCUCCAUUUUACAACCUUUCUUGCCACCAUUGUUAAGUGAACCACUGCAGUUAUUAAGUUAUCAACCCAGUCAGUGGUGAAAUGUAAAAUUUGUUACUACCGGUUCUAUGGGCGUGUCUUGGUGGGGCUAGUAAUGUGACUGGGUGGGUG